AUGUCGAGCAAAAAUGAGGAGGUACCAAAAGAACAAGAGCAGAAGGCUCAGUUACUUGAUGGAAGACUAUAUGGACUUCCUGAGGGUUGGUUGGUGGAACAAAGGCGACGAACUAAUCCAAGAUAUGAAGGAAAAGUUGAUCAGUUCUUUUAUCAACCUCAUACAAGAAAGCAAUUCCGAUCGCUCAAGGCUGCAAUGGAGAGCAUCGGGACGGAGGCAUUUGAGGCAACGAAUGUUGAUAGUCAUUCUCAGGCUUCAAGUUCGAAACCUUCCCGACGUAGCAGUGAUCAGAAGACCACGCAGUCUCCGGUGUUCAACUUCGCAGAUCCGCCGAAAUCGGUAACAUGGGUCCUUACUGAUUCUGAGAGAGACGAAUGGACUCCACAUAUCCAAGGCGCCGAAGUACCAGACCAAGUGAAAAGAUUCUGGGAGCAUACAUUUGAUAAGUGUUGUCAAGAGAAUAAUCCAAUUAAUAAUCAGUAA